UUCUCCUACUCAGCUCCUAUGGCUCUUGCUCUCUCUCUCUCUCUUCCCUUCUCUAUGAAGUAGCGCGGAGCGCCUUCGACUUCACUUUCAUGGUGCACCGCACACACUCACUUUUUUAUAACCGUCAAUAUCAUUAUCAAACAGAAUCCCAAUCCCUCUCUACCUUCUGACCUACUCUUCUACGAAAAAAAAAAGACCCACAAGCCAAAUCAAAUGAGACUCGAAUGCAUCACAUAAAAGUCUCUUCAUUUCACUGCAACAAAUUUCUUUCAUGUUUUAAGCGCUUUUAAUCGACAAUAUUUGAUGGGGGUUUUGGGUUUUUGAUACUGGUUUGGGUUUGUUUUUCUUCAAUAUUAAGUCUUUUGAGCUUUUAUAUUUUGUGUCGUUAAAGAAGUAAUUUCGUUUUUUAAGGAUGUAUAAAAUCGGUGAUCAGAUAGAGAGAAACAGAGUUGUAGAUAAAAUGAAGAAAGAUGAAGAGCUUGAAAAGAUGUUGAGUGGGAUUCAUCACCAUCAAGUUCCAUAUGUCAAAACUGGCCACAAACACCCGCCUCUUGUGAGUGGUUCGGGUUCACCUUUUAGUGGAGUGGUUCAGCUAUCAACAGACCACCCUUCUGCUCCUGCAAGUUCUUUUUAUCCCAAUGGGUUUUAUUUAACUGAGGAGAAUUUUUCACCAUUUUCAACAGUGAAUUUUCCCUCUGAUAUUGCGGAUGUUAACAAGUUUAAAACACCAAAUGUCACAGAUGAUCAUGUUAGUGGACUGUGGUUGGAUUCUCACUCAAACGAGUCUUGUCGUUUUGGGAAGAAUGUUGUGCCUGAGAGGUUGGAUUAUGAUGAACUAGGUUUGUGUGAGAGUUUGUAUAGAAUGAGUGUUGGAAAGGAACAAAAGGAUCAUUGUAUUAUAAUGAACAGACAUGAGAUGAACCCACAGGAGGUUAGCUUUGGUUUUGGUCAUGGUUAUGUGGGUCUACCUUAUAUGGUUGAAAAAUAUGGCAUAUCUGAUGGCCUCAAGAACACUGAUUAUCAAGGAGUUGAUACCUCUCCUGGUGUUGUAUCUAGGAGUUUAGAUGAUCAGAUGAAGUCUGUGUCGAUUGCUUUGGGUGGUAGACGUGGUGAGGGAGGGUUAAAGAAUGGUAUUUUUUUUCACAGUCAAGCUAAUGACAUGCCUCAGGCCCCAUGUUAUGGUAUCAUAAGGAAUUGUGUAUUCGAGCAGAGAAAGGAACAGGAAAGGAGCUGGAGUAAUGGGGGUUUACAAUCACAGAGUUCUAUUGCGAGUAGGCCUUACAUUAAGGAUGCAUUGUUUGGAUCACAAAGACAUGGAUUGGAUACAAUGGGAGAGACUGGUUUCAUGAAUCAAUUGAUUUCCACUCCCUUGAUGUAUCACGAUUUGGGUUUAGAUUUGGAAACUCAGUUGUGUAAUUGUUCAUUGUUGAAAGAAAGGACUAGUGUGAUGCCAAACAACAGGGAUUCUGUGUCUCAUGUGCCUUUAAAUGAAGCAGGGGUGGUGGAUGGUUUUGGUGUUGAAGACAGUUUCAUCAUACAAGGAAAAAGUCUUAAUCAUAUUGUUAACAAAGCCCCCGGUUCUUUGGGUGGUCACAAGAAGAACACCCUCAAUGAGGUUGCCACCAAAAAUCCUCCAGAGAAAAUCUCUAAACUUGAAAGUUGUGCUCAGAAUGGAAGACUCUGUGAAAGUGGUCAGAAUAUAAGUAGUUAUUUCCCAUUGCAUUUGCUACCAAGUUCCAGUUCGUUGGCUGAGUUCCGGGGUUAUAUAUACUUAAUGGCCAAGGAUCAAAAUGGUUGUCGGUUUUUGCAAAGGGUCUUUGAUGAGGGAACUUACCAAGAUGUGCAAAUUAUAUUUAAUGAGGUCAUUGAUCAUGUUGUUGAACUUAUGAUGGAGCAGUUUGGCAAUUACCUUGUGCAGAAGUUGUUAAAUGUGUGUAAUGAAGAGCAUAGGACACAGAUUGUGCUUAUGGUUUCCAAAGAACCAGGGCAGCUUGUCAGAAUUUGCUUGAACACAUAUGGCACACGAGUGGUACAGAAGUUGAUAGAAACGCUCAAAACGAGGCAGCAGGUUUCAGCAGUCAAGGCAGCACUGAGACCUGGUUUUCUUAAUCUCAUAAAGGAUCUGAAUGGAAAUCAUGUGUUGCAACGCUGCUUGCAAUGCCUUAGCAAUGAAGAUAAUGAGUUUAUUUUUGAUUCAGCUGCAAGGUUUUGUGUUGAAAUUGCAACUCAUCAGCAUGGUUGCUGUGUGUUGCAAAGAUGCAUUGCUCAUUCAAUUGGUGAACUUCGUGAUAAGUUGAUAACUGAAAUUUCCAAUCAUGGGCUUCUCCUUGCUCAAGAUCCUUUCGGAAAUUAUGUUGUUCAAUAUAUUAUAGAGCUGAAGAUCCCUUCUGUCGCUGCCAACUUCCUUGCUCAGUUCAAAGGCCGCUAUGUUCACCUAUCAAAGCAAAAAUUUAGCAGUCAUGUUGUGGAAAAAUGCCUCAAGCAUUUUGGAGAGAGUCGAUCACAAAUUGUCCAUGAAUUGCUGUCUGUGCCUCAUUUUGAACAGUUGCUGCAAGAUCCAUUUGCCAAUUAUGUCAUUCAGUCUGCAUUGACAGUUACCAAGGGUCCCCUUCAUGCUGCACUGCUUGAAGCUGCUCGACCCCACUCUUUCCUACGAACUAGUCCAUAUUGUAAGCGGAUUUUCUCUCGAAAUCUGUCAAAGAAGUGAUGUAAAUUCGUGUGUGGUGGCAAGUGUUGUUGCUCUCCCAAACUUACUAACCUGUUCACUAUUCAGAAGUUUUACUAUUUCUUGGGGCACCGGAUGUAGAAGAGCCUUCAAAAUUUGAAGCGGGUCCUCAAGAGAACCUUUGAAACUUAGUAUCUACGGAUGAUCUCUCCAUGAUUUUGAUGAAAGUAAACUGGAAGUUUUUGCUCCCGGUUGUUUAUUUUGCUUAUACAACUUAUAUGUACUGUUCUGUUGUCUUCUUGGUGUUGUUGUUGUUUUCCUGUUGAUCUGAACUGUUAAUGUAUAAUGUUUCACCCUUUUUACUUUUAAUCUGGGUAAAUGCCAUGCGGUAAUUUAUUUCCUCUUCAA